AUGAGGCUGCAGGUAGGAAUCAAAGCGCCACCGCCUCUGCCUACACCCCGAGGCAGCCCGAAUCCCGACGCAGCGGCGAAUGAAUUACGUGGCUCAUACCGGUUUCUGUCGACAUCUGAUAAACGAGACAGAGCGGACUAUACGGGGCUAGAUGGGCGCUCCACGAAGAGGAAAAGAAGACGCAAAGACAGAGCUAAGGGUGAUGAUACGGCCAAGGACGUUGUGCCAGAGAACAGUAACGCUGCGGCAAUUCGGGAAAGCGAUAAGACUGUCCCACGUCCCUCGACCAUUGGGGAACAGGCGGCAGCUCCUCCCUCUCUUCAGCUUGAAUCGGUAUCAGAACUUGCAGACGCCUCCAGAGUUGAAACGGGUUCGGACUCAGUGCCGGAUAGUAUUAUGGAGAAUAUACUUAUCAACUGCGUGCGGUUGAACGAUCCGCUUGGAAGGUAUGGAAAUCGAUCAAAGCAGACUGCUGUGACAAUGAGGGUCGAGGAUAUCCAAAGCUUUGUGGAUGGAAUUGUCCGGCUACAAUACACCGAUGCGGUUCGGGCAAUCAAGCAAGACAACGCCUUUUCUACGAGCAAAAGUAUACAGACCCGGUGUAACGAAACCGUCUAUUGGGAUGUCAUCAAGAAAGGCGCAGAUCUCCUUGAUCCGAAAAGUCUUCCAAUUCCUAAAGGGCCUCUCGAUGAGUUCACAAUGGCGGAGAAGGUUGCAACCGAGGGUUUCAUGAGAGAAGCUGGUUAUGGACUCAGCCUUGCUAAUCAGCGGCAGUGCCGCAUUUUCUGGAAGAGACUAUGGGAAAUGCGUAGGACCGGCGUUGAAAAGAUUCUUUUGUAUCGGACCAAAGAGUUCGAUCGCUUUUGCAAGUCUUAUCCGUCAGAAGCAGAGAUGCCCCUCUCAGAGAAAGUUCGGCGUUGGGAAGACAAGUACGGUAUGCAAAUCAAGCAGCUAGAAAGUCGGGUGACCCAGGAGAGUAUGGGUGACUUCGGUGGAAGACUGUGUUUGACUCAGCCGCAUGUGGCAGAGAGACUAAAUAUUCCAAUGGCUGCAUGGAACAAUGCAGGCAACCCCUGGUUUUCUUAUCAAGAGGCAAUCGCUUUUCAAUUCAGUGGGCCGCAUGAGCCGUCCACCGCACAGCUUGGUGGGUAUUUUGACUUGCGUCCGGGGUCAGAUACAAUGAGAAACAAGUCCAUUUUUGUUACCAUAUUACCCAAAGAGAAGGCUUUCUUUUCGGUUUGCUCCAUCAUUGCAGUCCAGGAAGGGGAUUUCCUAGGAAAUUUUUCUGGAAUGAUUCGCUAUUCGGGGCGCUGCAACGACACGUAUGGUAUCCCUGGACCAAAGGAGAACCUUUGGUUGGAUUAUUCUACAGUCACUGGGACCCUCAAUCUUAUGGGAGUAUCGCGCCCUGGGGAUGAUUCGAAUGUACGCCUUGAUUGGGAGCUGUUUGAAGAUCGAAAGGGAGAAAAAUCCUGUCUAAUGUGGAAAGUGGCAGUUCGGGCGGUCCGGGCGAUAAGACCAUUCGAGGAGCUCAUUCGAGCUGCUCACCGGAAAGAACAAUACCUUUUGCAUCAGUCGCCAGUUUGCGCCAAAAGGGGAUUUAUGAAGCAUGGACAUCCAAGUACCGAAUGA